AUGUCGCAACCGCAAGAUGUUGCCUCGCCGGUAGCCCAGCACCACACCGAUGCCGAGUCUGAAAAGCAUGAGCUGCAGCAGCAGAAUACCCACGAAAUGUCCGAGAAGCAAGAUGGGCCAGAUGCACACGACGAAAAGGAAACAACAGUCACAACGGAGAACAAACAAGAAGAUUUAGACAUGCACAAAAAAGACGAAGACAGCAUAGCAGAGAAACAUGAAGAUAAGGCUGAAGACAACACCGAAGUGAAGCACGAAGAAAAAACAGAAGAGUCAAAUGGCAAGCCAGAGGAAAAUCAACAAGAGCAGCUGUCGCAAAACGACACCAAUGUCAAAAGACUCUCGUCUGGCACGGAGUCUGACGACACUUUGUCUGCAUCUGACGCUGAUGAUAAAUUCGAAGAUGCUGUAACGCAGUCCCCUGCAAGGUCCCUUACCAAACGAAAUAUCUCACAGGCUAAAAGCCGUGACAGCGAAGUGGAGGAGCGAACCGAUCGGCCGUCUGAAGAGUCGCAUCCCCAAGCGGAUAGUCUAGACACAAAGGCCACUGAGAAUAAAGUCACUGGAUCUGAGGCAGGCAGCGGCAAAGUAAAGCAAUCACGACGCAAACCGUCAAUAGCUUCUACACGAAUUUCCAAUACUUCAAAUCUGGAUAACGUCAGUCUUGACGACGAUACGCCCCCAUCUCCAGUGCCAAAAGAUCUUCCACCGAAACCAAACAGCAAGACGAUAUCUCUGAACAGCAUCUCUCUUCCGUCUAUGCCGUGGUCGCCCGCCGCUGAUACUUCCAAAAGCCCUGUGCCAUCAACAGCUACACUUGCGCCCACCCCACCAGUGCCUCAGCCUCCGCCUCCGCCUAGUCGAAAGCUGACAAGUCCUUUCUCGUGGCUUUCCCGAAGCUCAAGCAAAGAGAGAGAACCUCCGCUUCCGCCUCUCCCUGCUGGCCGAAGGAACACAGCUGGUUCGAUCGCAACACUAUCAAGCAAUCCUGAAAUGAUGUUGAGUCGACUAGAGGAGGAAAAGGAUGGACACUCACUACCCGGUGACCCUGCCCAACGGGUCACCCUGAAAGACAGAUUCAAGCAACUGCGACAACAACAAGAAGCUGCUCGCGCAAUGGCUGAAGGUGACAGUAGUAAAUAUGACGGAGCUCUUGGCCUUACUUUGCCAGGUGAUGAAGGCCAACCGCAAGAGAAGCCUCCGUCAUCGCCUGUUCCUCAGCCUAUUCCUGGGCUGGCCCCCGGCACAGUUGCGGGAGUCAACGCAGGACCUUCGGCCAUUUCAGAAGAAAAAGUUGAUUGGGACUUGUGGCAAUCUGUUGUAUAUGAGGGCCCAGCUGCUGUUGCUCGAACUAGCGCCGAGGAACUGAACAAAGCUAUUGCAACCGGCAUCCCCAGUGCAAUCCGUGGCGUUGUCUGGCAGGUGUUGGCUGAUAGCAAGAACGAUGACUUGGAAUUAGUAUAUAAAGAUCUGGUGGUUCGCGGUACAGACAAGAGCAAAGACCGUCACAGUAAUAGUACGACUGCUAGUUCGCUGAGCAACGGAAACCUCAGCGUUCAUAGCGGGGACGCCGUCACAUCAUCAGCCUCUUCCAUCAACUCGGACCACUCAGGAACAAACGGCACGCCAUCUCCAAACGAGAAGAGCGCAGAGGCUGUUCUGAAGGCUCAAGCUGCGGCAGCGGCAGAGCGGAAGCGGAAGGACAAGGAGGACGCGGCGGCACUACAGAAACUGGAGAAGACAAUACGCCGGGAUCUUGGUGCUCGAACCAGCUAUUCUAAGUAUGCGGCUGCUGCUGGGCUUCAAGAGGGCCUGUUUGGUGUCUGCAAGGCAUAUGCCCUUUUUGACGAAGGUGUUGGCUACGCCCAGGGUAUGAAUUUUCUCAUCAUGCCACUACUGUUCAACAUGCCUGAGCAGGAAGCUUUCUGUCUCCUUGUUCGACUAAUGAAUCACUACAAGCUGCGGGAUUUGUUUAUCCAGGAUAUGCCGGGACUGCACAUGCAUCUUUAUCAGUUCGAGCGGCUUUUGGAAGACUUCGAACCAGCAUUAUACUGCCAUCUUCACCGGCGAGGAAUAUCUCCUCACCUCUAUGCUACGCAAUGGUUCUUGACGCUUUUUGCCUACCGGUUUCCUCUUCAACUAGUACUUCGCAUCUACGACCUUAUCUUCUCCGAGGGCUUGUCAGCAAUUCUACGCUUCGGAAUUGUUCUAAUGCAGAAGAAUGCCAGCAUUCUCCUGGGAUUGUCUGAUAUGCAGCAACUCACCACAUAUCUUAAGGACAAACUGUUCGACGUCUACAUUGAUAAGGAUCCUAGCCAUGGCAGUCUUCUUGAAAAUGGGUUUUUUGGAAGCUCGAGCUCUAGCAUCGAUAAGGAAGUCUAUCGUGCAGACCAGCUCGUAAAAGAUGCCUGUGAAGUUAAAAUCACACCAGAAAUGCUCAAAUCUUAUAGCACAGAAUGGGAAGAGAAAACCAAGGCCGAGAAGGAUCGCGAGAACGAACUCCUGGAGCUCCGCACAUCAAAUCAUAAUCUCUCCAUUCAAGUCCGGAAACUGGAGGAGAGGGUUGAAGCAUGCGAUCGUGAGCAAGCAGACCUGGCCACAGAGCUUGUUCACACCAAGGUUGAAAACCAGGAACUCAAAGACGAGAAUGACAGCAUGAGGGGCCAAGUUCGGGAGUUGAAGAUCGUCAUCGAGAAGCAACCCAUGGAAAUAGAGGAGACAUGGAAACUUGAGCGGGACGAUCUGAUGAAGCGCAACAUGCAUGUUCAUGAGGAGAAUCAAAGACUCGAAAAGGAGUUGUCCGAGCUGGAAGAAGAGCUGGUCCAGACAAAGCUGCGCUAUGCAGAGAUCAACUCUCAACACGAGACCCUGAAUCGUAAGUGGACUGACUUGAAGCGUCAGUUUGCAUGA